AUGGUUGGGUCUAAAACAAUAUGUUCGUUACUUAUGCUCAUGGUUUUUACUUUUACAUCAGCGAAAACGCUAAGAGAUUCAUCAGUUAAAGACUCAAAGUCGAAUGUUGGAGUGGUUGGUGGUAUUACAAAGAAGGACCCAACAGAGCAUAAGUAUUAUUUGAUGGCAGAAGAUUCAUUAAGACAAUAUGAAGCUCAAAAUAACCUCGAAUUAGACAACGUUGUUCUAAGGGUGACUGAAGCAUCAGAACAAGUUGUCGCUGGUCUUCUGACCAGAUUACACUUCCUCGCCAUACCUGCAGUCUGUAAACAAGAGUCUCAUCAAAGAACUGCCAACUGUCAAAAAACGCUAAGAGAUUCUUCAGUUAAAACCUCACAGUCGGAUGUUCCACUUCCCGGUGGUGUAGUAGUCAUGGACCCAACAGAGCAUAAGUAUUAUUUGAUGGCAGAAGAUUCAUUAAGACAAUAUGAAGCUCAAAAUAACCUCGAAUUAGACAACGUUGUUCUAAGGGUGACGAAAGCAACAGAACAAGUUGUCUCUGGUCUUUCGACCAGAUUAGAAUUCCUUGCCGUACCGGCAGUCUGUAAACAAGAGUCUCAUCAAAGAACUGCCAACUGUCAAGUCGACUACAUCCAAAACGUGUUAUUAUGUCAUUCAGAAUUAUGGGAUCAACCCUGGCUGCAUAGAAGACAAAUCACUGUUACAUGUGACAAUCUACUUACUGGUGCUAGCUAA